UGAGGCACGUGACCAUCGUAUUCAUUUGUAUGCCCGAUUUCAUCGACAUCGACCUGACGACGCUGUCUGCGCUCUACAGAAUCGUCAGCGCAGCUCUCAAAGAGACGGACGGGCUGUUCCUUCCUAGCCGUGUUCGGCCUGCCCGGAUACAAGGGCAAGAACGAGACGUGCAAUGCGCUGAUGUGCUGCAACAAGCUCGUGCACGAGAUCAGCGCCAUGAGCAUCAAGGUGACAGCGGGUAUCACCUCCGGCAUGACCUUCUGCGGAAUCAUCGGUCACCCUCUUCGCCAGGAAUACACGGUGAUCGGGCGCAAGGUGAAUCUGGCUGCUCGGCUGAUGAGCAAGUACUCGGACUACCUCAUGGUGUGUGACGAGGACACCUAUCAGCGUUCCGUGCUCCUCAUGGGGCCCAACAACUUCAAGGAGCUCGAGUGGCGCAAGCUGAAGGGCAUCGAGCACAUGGGCCGCGUCUUCCAGGUCAAGAUCAGCACCGAGGAGGAGGUGAUGGACGAGAUCUCGGACUUCAAGGACCCUUUGAUUGGCAUGACCCACGAGAGGGAGAUGACCGACAACUUCCUCCUGGACUUCCUGACCAAGCGGCGCAUGGCCAAACACAUGCUGCUUCUGCGUGGCGAGACCGGCUGCGGCAAGAGCCACCUUCUCUGCUCCACUGUGCAGGUCGCCGUCAAGAGGGGCUUCAAGCCGGGCACGUGCCACGCUGGCGUGAGGACGAUGCGAAACCCGUUCAGCGCCGUGUGCUUCUUACUCAGCCGCCUUCUGGACAGCUACGGCCUGAACCCACACCAGGAGAACAACACCAUCCUGGACGACAUACUCGGCGCCGACUCCUCCACACCACUCGUCAUUAACAAGGGCAUCAUUCGACUCAAGAACGCGCCCGCGCUGAGGCUUGCGACAGCUGGCAGCCUGGCGGAUGUCUCAUGGCAGAACAAGAGCGUGGCCCAGGCCAAGGACCACCUGAUAGCGAUCACCGAAUCGCUCUGCAGUAAGGCUCCGUGCAUCCUUGCGGUUGAUGAUGCCAACUACAUGGACACGCUGUCCUGGGAGCUGCUGGACAAAUUCGGCCAGCUGACCAGCCAGUACCCAUGCGUGGUGGCCCUGACCUCCAUCCCGCACUCCGAGCGUGUCCAGCAGCCGCUGCAGAUCCAAAAGAUCAUGGCCAAGGCUGUGUUCAUCGUGGACAUCCAGCCACUGAGCAAGGAGUACAUCCCCGACUUCUGCUUCCAGAGGCUGGAAGUCAAAGGCAUACACAACCAGAUAUUGCGCCUCCUGAAGGAGUACACCAAGGGCAAUCCCGCCGCAAUGGUGGAGAUUCUUCAGGUGCUAAAGCAGAAGAACCUGAUUCACAACGUGAACUCGACGACGACUCCCGAGGCGCGCCUCAAGCGAGAGUUCACUCUUGCCAAGGAGGACGAGCACGAACUGCGAGAACAUAGACCGGGAGAGGGAUUCCCAAUCUGCGACGUUGUCGGCGAAGGGCUCAUGGACGACGUUCAGGUUCCAGACUCCCUUCAAGCGCUGACCGUUGUGCGAAUGGAGAUGCUUAACGAGCAAGAGAUCGUGCUCCUCAAGAAGGCGUCCGUUUGCGGCAAGAUGUUCGAAGUCUCUCUGCUGAAACUGCUCAGCCCUACCAUUACCACAGUUGAGAUCAACGGCGCCAUCAAGAAGCUGGUGGAGCAGCACUUCAUCACGUGUUCGGCCAACACGACGACGUCAUUCGUGUACCUGCUCGAGAGCAAGGUGCCAGAUCCCCCUGAAUGCCCCCAGUGUGGCCAGGCUGGCUCCCUCAUGCGAUUCCACUCGGCAGCGGUGCACAAGACCAUCUACGCCACCCUGACUUACGACAGUAAGGCCGAGAUCCACCAGGACAUCGCGACGUGCCUCGAAGAGAACGCCUUGCAGUGCCGGUUCUGCAAGGAGUACCUCAGUGUCGAAGUUUACUCCGUGGCCACCGACGAGGUCCUCAUGCAGUCGCCCCCGGACAAAGCCGACCUGCGCGUGUGCAAGUGCCACAAGAUGAGGGCCAACGCAUACGGACAGAUCGGCCAGCACUACUUCAUGUCCGGCAUGCGUGGACGAGCGCUCGAGGCCUUCCUGUCCGCCACGCAGUGCUCGCUGGACGUGGACGACGUCAAGAAGGCCGAAGAGUAUCUCGAAAACAGCGAGAAUGUCUUCAAGACUUCCAGCUGGGAGAACGUUGACGAAAGAUACCUCAAGCUCAAGCGUAUUGCUAUUAGCCGCAUGAGGGCAACCAUCCAGCUAUACUAUGGCAACAUCGACGCGUCGCUGCAAGAGAUUAAGCUGGCGUUUCAGUGGCUCGGCCGGAACAUCCCGAAGGACUACCGCAAGAACGCCUCCAACUACGCUCUGCGCGUUGUCCAGUGCUGCCGCGUGGACGAAAUCGAGGAGGAGGAGUACUGCCUGAACACUGCGGCGCGCGUGUUCCUGAACCGACGUGACCCCCGCGUGGCCCUGGACGUGUCCAGCCACUUCUGGGAACUGGUCACCUGCCGGAACGCUCCGCUGUACAAGAAGAUGCCAGCCAUCUCGCUGGUCAUCGAGAGCAGCCACUACGUGCACAUCGCGUACAAGAAGCAGAAGAAACUCGAGGACACGGCUAUCAAGGACUGCAUCCACGCUCUGGAGGUUGAGAAGCAUCCCCGUGUCAGCGACUUGGUGGCCGUGCUCAACACGCUCAUCAAGAUCGUCGAGGUGCGCUUCCUGCGCACCGAAAUUGCCUCGGCCGUGGACGUGGGUUACGAAGCCUUCCGCAUCGCCCUCAGCGUCCACUACACCUCCAUGCUGCUGAAGAUCUUGCCGUACCUGGCACAGACGCUGCUGUACAGCAAGAAUCACAGCAAGUGCCGCGAAGUACUCAGCCACCUGCGGCACGUGGCCGAGGUCGCCGAAGACACCGUCGGCAUGGCCCUCUACUACGGUGGCCUGGCCGAGCUCCUCGUGCACCAGUUCGGCAUCGACGUGCCGGCGCUGGACAACGUGCAGGAGCUCUACAAGACGUGCCUGGAGUUCGCCAUCAGCCAGUGCAGCAAGGCGCCAUACACGAACAACAACGAGAUCGAGUUUUACCUCACCGCGGCCAUGGCAAUGUGGACGUCGUCCUGCGGCCUGGACCAAAGCUGCAAGGAGUGGCUCCGGCGAGCGAAGGAGCUCAAGCGCUCCUUCCACUGGCGCUCCUCUUACUGGGGACGGCGAGCACAGCGCCACUUGUCGGAGAUCAAGUGGAAGUAAAUGCGCCCUCCAAUCGUGUAUAGCGGCGCAGGUGCGCCCACUUUCAGAGUAGUAAAUAUCGCUCAGUUAAACCCGCUUUAUAUAAUGGCUGUGGCAUACUUUGGUCGUUAUUCAUGUAAAUAUUUAGUUUGUCGAUUCAUUUAAUACUUCACACUUAUGUGUAUAAACUGAAUUGAUUUAUGUGUAAUUACUAUUGCGUGAAAUAAAAACGUCGC